AUGGCCCGAAAGCUCUGCAUCACGGCUGUCGAUGGGCAAACCGGAUUCCUCAUAGCCGAACUAAUCCUUAAGCACCGUGGUUUCUCCCGCAAGAUUGAUUCGCUUGUUGGAUUGUCACUUCAUCCUCAAUCAGACCGUGCUAAAGAGCUUCGCAGCCUUGGCGCAACUAUCGUUCACCAUGUCCCUGGCCGAGAGCUCUUUAUGGUGAAGACGCUAAAAGAUACUGGCUGCGACACUUUGUGUCUCGUUCCUCCCACUCACGAGGAGAAAUACGAAAUCUCCGUGGAGCUGGUGCACGCGACCAAGAAGGCAAAUAUCCAGAAUGUGCUGCUCAUCAGUUCUGUCGGGUGUGACUACACCAAUGCUAAGAAUCAACCGCGGCUGAGGGAGUUCAUUGAUAUUGAGAAAUUGGCGUUGGAGGCCAAGUGA